AUGUUGCAACGUGCCUCUGAAAUCAGCAGAUUCUGUAAUAACCCUUACGUAUUUGGCACAAAAAAGAGAAAGCGUAUUGCGAAAUCCAUGAUGAAUUUUUGGAUGGAGGAUGACAAAUGCCAAGUGUCUGCAGUAAUUUAUUUCUCUUUGCUGGCUUACAUAUGCACGUGGUCUCGGGAUGCACUCACUUCAAUUUGGGCUUCUAUCCGCUUAUUCCAGGCCUAUGCAUUUAACCGGAUCGUAGCAAAAAUGUCAAAUGAUUUGUCACCAGCAGGGGAAAUAAUGGGGAAUGACCAUGAAGAAUACACUACUACCUGUCAUAAGUUCACGUUAGCAGAAGAGUGGUUAAAGGACCAGAACUUUCCAGUAAAUGAUAUGGCAGUUCAAUAG